CUCUUCUUUCUCUCUCUUCCUCUCUUUCUUGCAUACCACCUUCCUGCGACUCUUUUCCCCUCCCAAUUACUGCCAGAGCACUGAAAGAAGCCAUGAAUACAAAUACGACAUCGGUGCCAUCUGUCCCAACGACAAAGCCCAUUGCGACAGUGACAGCAGUAUUCAUCAUCCUCGGUGUUGCUGUUGGGGCUAUAAUUCUUCACAUUAUCCUUACAUUUUUCUUCAAGAGGCUCGCCAAAAGGACAAUAUGGCAAUUCGAUGAUGACCUUGUCAAACAUUGUAAAAAACCAACGUUUGUGAUGUUUCCGACCAUUGGGCUCCUAAUAACGGUUCAACUUGUGACUUUGCCUGUGGGAGUUUAUGGUGCUUUUAAUCAUGCGCUCAUUAUUAUCCUAUUGUUUGCGAUCUCAUACUUUGUCGUCAUGCUGAUCAAGUGUGCAUCCAUGGCAGUGAGCAGGAGUAAUGAUCAUUUGAAGGAAUCGGAUCCCAAGAGGGCGCGGGAGGUCGAAACUCAGAUAGUGGUCAUGACCAGGAUAGUUCAAGGGAUGGUCUGGUUGGUGGGAAUGUCUGGUAUUGCAAUGACAUUCCCCAAUGCAUGGCAAGUGGGUGUUUCGCUUUUAGCCAGCGCCAGUGUCUCGGCUAUACUCUUGGGCUUUGCAGCCAAACCAUCCAUUGAGAAUGCAUUGGCUUCUUUAACGAUUGCAUUAACGCAGCCAUUCCUGAUAGAGGAUCAAGUUCAGGUCAAUGGGGAGAUUGGACAUAUUGAGGAGAUCCAGUCACAAUAUGUGAUUGUCAGGACAUUGGAUGAACGUCGUCUUGUCGUUCCUUUGACUUGGUUUCUGGGCAACAUAUUCCAAAACUGGUCCAGGAACUCGCCUAGACAGAUAGCACAGUGUAAAGUGUUUGUUGACUACACAUUUCCAGUCCCCCGAGUACGACAGGCUUUCCUCAAAUUUGCUCGCACACAUCCACUUUAUGAUCAACGACAUGCUGCAUUACUAGUCACGGGUUGUACAGAGACCACGAUCGAAUUAACCUGUCAGAUCAGUGUAGCCAAUGCAAUGGAAGUGGUGCAAGUGACCUCGGAUGUUCGUGAAGCCAUGGUUGAAUUCAUCUCGAAUGCACAGAAGCAGCAAGUGUUUUCAGAAGGAUCCAAUACCGGAUCAAAUCCAGUAGGGGGAGGAGGAGGAAGUAGUAUUAAAGGCCGCAGUGGGGGAAUUGGACUUGCGCAUACUUUAGAAACCAUUGGUCUUUUAGGAGGCGGUGGAAGUGAACAACAAAACAAUCGACCCGAUUCACCACCACUACCACCACUACCACCAUUGACAAAGGAAGACGAAAAGAUGGGAGAUGGUAGUAAAGCGUAUCAAUGCGCUAGCAUCAAGGCUAGAUUAGCUGCUUUGCAAAAGGAUCCAUCCAAGACCACAGCAUCAACAACAACUGCAGCAGAUGCAUGUACAACAACUACACCAGUAGACACAACAGGAAUGACGACCGCACGACAGGCUGCACCGGAUCAUAUCCAAGUAAACGUUGAGGACCUAACGUUCAAUAGUAAUAGCAAUGGCUUGACAAGACGAAGUGUACGAGAGGUAGAAAAAGUAGAAAAGGAUAACGAGAAAGCAGCCAUGCCUCCAGAGACCAAAGCAUCAGAAAAAUACCAGCUGAGCGAACCCUAAUAAAAUUGAUCAAUUACGC